AUGGGUUUAGCAGGGCCGCGGAAAAAUACCAAAAUUGGCAAUGAUCCCAACAACACCAACUGGACCCGGUCUACAACCGGGUUCGGACAUCGGAUCAUGAGCUCACAGGGCUGGACUCCUGGAAGUCUUCUCGGAGCAAAAGAUGCCGCUCACGCCAAUAUGUUAACUGCCGCCAGCGUCACUCACAUCAAAGUCACACUUAAGGAUGAUACUCUCGGAUUGGGUGCUCGUAUUGGACGAGAGACUGAGCAGACCGGGCUUGAUGCUUUCAAAGGACUGCUUGGUCGACUUAACGGCAAAAGCGACGUGGAAUUGAAGAAGGACGAACGAAAGCGCGAUGAUGUCCGGUUGGCUCGAUAUGCUGCCCUGAAAUUCCCAGAAGUCAGGUUUGUCAGUGGUGGACUGUUGGCACAGGAAAAGGAGACCGAAGCUCCUUUGCCGAUCCCCAACGAUGUCGUUUCAAAGAAAUCUAAAUCGGACAAGAAAAAAGGCACAAGGACUACUGAGGAUGACGAAACUUCCUCAAACGAGUCGGAUACCCCAGCCCGCAAAUCCAAGUCCAAGUCCAAGUCCAAGAAAUCGCGCCCUCAGGAGGAAACCGAUGCAGAAUCAAAAAAGAAAAAGAAGUCCAAGAAAAGAAAGGCUGAUUCGGAGCCGACUAGUUCCUCGGACAAGGCAUCUGAACCGGAAGUCAAGGCAGCCCCGACAAUAUCCAAGGAGCGGCGGCCUAUGGGACGCAAUGUCACCCGAUCACGCUAUAUUGCCCAAAAAAAGAGAGCUAUCAUGGAUGACAAGUCUCUCAACGAGAUUUUUAUGGUCAAAGCAUAG